CCGGGUGUCAGUACAAGGGACCGCCCCACCCUCAGUGUCCAGCUCCCCCCGAGUACCAGUAGGAGUAGCUCCACCUCCGGGCUCCCUCAGAGAGUCCGUAAAAAGGUCCUUCCCGCCCGUCGGCGUCCCCACUCCUACACUCACGCCCUGGGAGAGUGACUUCCAAAGCAUGGCGAGUCGGGAGAAGGCGAGUAACUCGGGCCACAUGUUCGACGUAGUCGUGAUUGGAGGUGGCAUUUCAGGAUUAUCUGCUGCCAAACUCUUGGCAGAACAUGAAACUGAUGUUUUAGUUUUAGAAGCCCGGGACAGAGUUGGAGGAAGAACGCACACUGUGAGGAAUGAGCAUGUUAAUUAUGUAGAUGUUGGUGGAGCUUAUGUGGGACCGACCCAGAACAAAAUCUUACGCUUGUCUAAGGAGCUGGGCAUAGAGACUUACAAAGUGAACGUCAGUGAGCGUCUCGUUCAAUAUGUCAAGGGAAGAACUUAUCCAUUUCGGGGUGCCUUCCCUCCAGUGUGGAAUCCCAUCGCAUAUCUGGAUUACAACAAUCUGUGGCGGACAUUGGAUAACAUGGGAAAGGAGAUUCCAGCUGAUGCACCCUGGCAGGCCCCACAUGCUGAGGAAUGGGACAAGAUGACCAUGAAAGAUCUCAUCGAUAAAAUCUGCUGGACAAAGACUGCUAGGCAAUUUGCCUCUCUCUUCAUCAAUAUCAAUGUGACCUCUGAGCCCCAUGAGGUGUCUGCCCUGUGGUUCUUGUGGUACGUGAAGCAAUGUGGGGGCACCAUGCGGAUAUUCUCAGUCACCAAUGGGGGCCAGGAACGGAAGUUUGUAGGCGGAUCUGGUCAAGUGAGCGAGCGGAUAAUGGACCUCCUUGGGGAUCGAGUGAAGCUGAAGCAUCCUGUUACCUGUGUUGACCAGUCAGGUGACAACGUCAUCAUAGAGACAUUGAAUCAUGAACUCUAUGAGUGCAGAUACGUAAUUAGUGCCAUUCCCCCGACCUUGACUGCCAAAAUCCACUUCAGACCAGAGCUUCCUGUGGAGAGAAACCAGUUAAUUCAGCGUCUUCCUAUGGGGUCUGUCAUUAAGUGCAUGAUGUAUUACAAGGAGGCCUUCUGGAAGAAGAAGGAUUACUGUGGCUGCAUGAUCAUUGAAGAUGAAGAAGCUCCAAUUUCAAUAACCUUGGAUGACACCAAGCCAGAUGGAUCGGUGCCCGCCAUCAUGGGCUUCAUCCUUGCGAGAAAAGCUGAACAAUUUGCUAAGCUCCAUAAAGAAAUAAGGAAGAGAAAAAUCUGUGAGCUGUUUGCCAAAGUGCUGGGAUCCCAAGAAGCUUUACAACCGGUGCAUUAUGAAGAGAAGAACUGGUGUGAGGAGCAGUACUCCGGGGGCUGCUACACCGCCUACUUCCCCCCUGGGAUCAUGACUCAGUUUGGAAGGGUGAUUCGCCAGCCGGUGGGCAAGAUUUACUUUGCUGGCACAGAGACUGCCACACAAUGGAGCGGCUACAUGGAUGGGGCAGUACAGGCUGGAGAACGGGCAGCUAGAGAGGUCUUGAAUGCUUUGGGGAAGGUGGCAAAAAAAGACAUAUGGGUACAAGAACCUGAAUCUAAGGAUGUUCCAGCGGUAGAAAUCACCCAGACCUUCUGGGAGAGGAACCUGCCUUCUGUGUCGGGCCUGCUGAAGAUCAUUGGGUUUUCUACAUCAGUAACUGCCCUGUGGAUUGUGGCAUACAAAUUCAGGCUGCUGGCCCGGUCCUGAAGUUUCAGCUCACACUUCCUGCUUAUUCUUUCCCAGCACCAUCAAAAAAAAAAAAAAAUGUUGACAAACUAACGACCGUGUCAUCAGACCGUUUUUAAGUGCAUUGGUUUUAACACUCCUCAAUUUAGUCUUAAUCAGUGUGAAAGUAAAAGUAACCCAAAAAAUCACCUAAUUAAAUGCAGUAAGAUCAAGCUCAAUCUUAUUUGUCUGUGUAGACUAAUUCGUGUUGAUUGAUAGAAUAAAACCUUGUGAUUGCCUUCUUAAUCUCAAAAAGUUAAAGUUGAAGUGCUCAUCAGAAACAAUUUCUGUGUCCUGUUUUUCUCCCUUUAAUGCAAAAUACCUGAUGAUUUCAGAAAUAAAGCAUUUGACUUUCUGUCUUUAGAGGUGGAGUACAUUAAAAGCCUAGCCUGUGACUGUCCUUUUUCUGUUCUUAGGCAGUGGCAAAGUGUUGGUACAGAGCCCAGAGGCUCACAGCUUCCUGGGGUGAGUAGCUCCCACUUGGGAUCAGGAAACAGUAAGGAAAAGCAGUGUGGAGGUAGGGGCAUGCGGGCCAUCAGACCAGGAUGGGGACAUCUGGUGGGCUGCUGCCUCCACUUAAUUCCUGUGAGUUUUCUAGACAUCUAGUCUCAGUGCCAGCUUAUUUGUAUGUUUUCCUCUGCUGCUUAUGGAGGAGAAUUUUUACCAAGUUAUAAUGCUUAAAUUGACUUGCUGUGACUUGUGUGCAGUUCCCCAGAUAAGCAGAGUAAAACAGUAGCAAGACAUCCCCCAGGAGGCCUCCCCAACUAUCUCUGUGUGAGAACAACUACAGUGGGCAUCUUUCUUCCUCCUGGAAGGUGGCUAGACAUCUAUCAAUCCUUGUCAGUGAUAACAUUCUAUGCCAAUUUCAGGAAGGCAGCAUUUUCUUUUUUUCAGGUGGCCCCUGGCUGUCUGAAGGCCUCUAGGGGCAUAUAUUUUUUUUCUUUUUUCCCAUGAUCAUAAAAUUAGACAAAUCUCUUAAUUUACAUAUAUCUUCAACAUAAUUACAUUUGCAUAAAUAUUAGCACGCUAAUAUGAUAAUCUGAUUGUUAUUUGUUGAGACUAUCAAAUACAGAAAGGAAAUUAACCUUAUCAUAAAUCCAAACUUAAGAUGCUGGACCCUGGUGUGAGGACUUGGGUCUUCCAAAGUUUCACCUAUCCUGAGAGCAAAGAACUGGAUGGUUUUUGCCACUCUUUACCAUUCAAUUCAAAAGCAUUUUAGCUAACUUAGUAGUUUUGGUAAUUUCUAUAUUAUAACCUCACUUGCUUUAGUUAUUAAGUUUUAUAAAAGACAUGAAAUUGAGUAAUUUGAGUAGUUUGGGUAAUUUCUUGGAUGUGCCCCAGUAAGUAAGGAGUUGCCGCAUAUUGUACCACACACCUUUGAGAAAUCUAAUCUGUUGCAGUUGCUUCUUAUCACUUACUGAUUAACUCAGUCCUGUCUCACCUUUUGGGAAAUGCUUAUUUAAGCUUUUUAACUGGUGACAGCUUUAACAGUAAUCAGGUUGUUAACAUACUAAAGGCGUGAACGUUGAAGAACUCAUGCGAUUUACCCACUUCUGCAACUUUUUAGAAAACUAUUCUAAUUAGGUCAACUCUAUUACACUACAGAUUGGUAUCAAAAUGAAUGUCAGUCCAGAUUUGCCCACACAUGAAAUUGGAACUAACUUUCACCAUAUGUGAAGUCAUCCAACAUGAGGGUACCAUAGGUCUUUUCUGAAAGUCAGUUUAAGAGCCUGGCCCUGUUAAGGCAUCCACUUCACAGUUCUGAAAGCUGACUUGGGUCUCACUCCAUAGCUUGGCUAAGAAUUACAUUUAAAUAUGUCAUUGGUCUGUCACAAUGAGCUCUUAAUUAAGGUCUCAUGCUCCACUGGAGAAAAAAUAUUGAAAGAUUGUGAACUAUGUUUAGUUUGAUUGUGAACUUGGUGCCUAAUGUUUCUUGUCUGAAGUUUGCCCCAGUGCUACAUGCGAGGUAAUGCAUAUGUGUGCGUUUUGCCAAUGAGGUAAGAUUUUGCCUGUAUGGUACUGUUUUGUUUGUUAAUAAACUGUACUAUCACCCCUGA